CCGUCCGACCGGCAGGCCUGAUGGUCAUCCGCAGCUUUCCCCGAAGAAGGAGCCAGAGUCGUCCUAUAUGGGGGGCCAUGGAGUCGCUGGAUAUCCGUCAUCUAUUAUGAGAGAGCCUAAGCCGGCCUCCCCUCCAAAGGAAGUAGUAUGUUCUUUUUCUUACCCAAACCAUGCCUUCUACACUGGAGUUUGAGACGUUGCUUGCUAAUAUAUCAUUCUUUGUUGCUGCAUGUAGAAGCCUGCCAGGGCUGCAGAUCCCAUGUCUUUCGCCAGCAUUCUUUCUGGUCCGGCCGAAGAGCGCUCUCCCCCAAAGCGACAAUCUCCUCCACCAGAGACGGCACCAGCACUGGUAGUAUCGACACCACGAGGAGCAUCUCAGCUUAGCCCGCCUCCACCAACUAACACCCCUUCCUCGCAACAGAGAAUAAAAGAACAGGAGCAGGUACUACCGAGACUAGAGAAAAAGCCUAGCUCGGAGAAAUGCCGCCGCAACCUAGAGCUGGAAAAUAAAUCGGCUGAGCCAUUUACUACCACACCAACCAGCGUCGUCCUUGAGCCAACCAAAACGUUUACCCAGCCUCGUGUUUCUAGUUCCCGUAAAAUUCUAUCCGAGCGGGAGACAGAAACCAUCAAUAAACACAUGGUGGAGAUUGAUAACGCAGAAAAGAGUGAUGUGGAGGCCCCUGGGUUUGAAGAAGAGCACAAACGCUACAGCAUGAAAAGUAAGAAACGGGCUUUGGACGCUGAGAGAAUCGAGGGUAUCAGGCGCAAGCGCCGCCGGAAUGAUUUUUUGAUCAACCUUGGAAAGUCACUGGAGAAACAGGCCUCUGCGGGAAUGGACCGGUUUCGGAUCGCAAACGAGGCCUCUGUCAUCUCGGAAGUACAAGCCAAGGAAAUACAAGACGAGAAGGAACGUAAGAAGGACAUGCAGAGGAAGCGCCGGAGAGAGAAUACGGUACGGUUGGAGAUGCAGAAGAAACUCGAGGCCGAGCGCAAGGCGAACAGGGCUCAAGAUUCCGCUGAGAAAGCCAAGUUUCUACGGGAAGCCGAGCGGGCCCAGAGAAAAAUUAAAACUACCAAGAGGGCCUUGGAGGGAGUUACGGCGCCCGAAGAGAUUGGCGAGGUCACCCCGCUGGCACCAAACCUGGAAGGUGGCACUACUAGCUCUUUCCACAUUGGUCGGAGCUCUCCGUCAAGGCGAAAGUCGGGACGUGGCGGUCCUGUCACACGGCCUAAGAAAUCAAAGGAGCAAAAGCAAGCUGAGAAAGACGCAGCGGAGGCCGCCUAUGCCGCUAUGGAAAACGACGAGCCGUUGCCUCUUGCACCUAAGGAGGAUCCACGCAAGGAAUCUCUUAAGAAGGAGGCCAAGGGCAGCCGCUCCAAGGAGACUAGCCCGGCACCCCUGUCCGCCUUUGAAACAAAAGGCUACAAUCAAAUUUACGAACAAAUCUGGCGAGAUAUUGCUCGUAAGGAUAUUCCAAAGGUCUUCCGGGUCAAGGCCCUUUCGCUCAGUACCCGCCAGGAGAAUUUGCGCAAGACUGCUCAGUUAGCUAGCAAACAGUCUCGGAAGUGGCAGGAACGUACCAACAAGAGCAUGAAGGAUACCCAAGCUCGGGCCAAGCGAACGAUGCGUGAGAUGAUGUCAUUCUGGAAGCGUAACGAGCGUGAGGAACGUGAUUUACGCCGUCUUGCUGAAAGACAGGAGAUUGAGUCAGCCAAGAAAGCAGAAGCAGAGCGCGAAGCUAACCGCCAGAGACGCAAACUCAACUUCCUCAUCUCUCAGACUGAGCUAUACUCUCACUUUAUUGGUCGGAAAAUCAAGGGUGCCGAGGGCGAUGCUACUAGUGAUACUGUGGGUGAGACAAUUCAACCCGGGAAAGACCAAGAACAAGCUGUGGAUCUACCCGCAGGCACCAAGGUCACCAGCUUUGAGGACCUGGAUUUCGAUGCAGAAGACGAAUCAGCACUCCGACAGGCGGCUAUGGCCAAUGCGCAGAGUGCCGUUAAGGAGGCCCAGGACCGAGCCCGGGCGUUCAAUGCCGGGCAAGAUCAGAUGGCUGCUUUGGACGAGGGCGAAUUGAACUUCCAGAACCCUACAAGUUUGGGCGAUAUUGAGAUUUCGCAGCCCACCAUGCUUACGGCGAAAUUGAAGGAGUACCAGUUGAAAGGUCUUAAUUGGCUUGUCAACCUAUACGAGCAAGGAAUUAACGGUAUCUUGGCCGAUGAGAUGGGUCUUGGAAAGACCAUUCAGUCGAUCUCCGUUAUGGCCUACCUCGCUGAAGUUCACAACAUCUGGGGCCCGUUUCUAGUCAUUGCGCCAGCCUCGACCCUGCACAACUGGCAGCAGGAAAUUACUAAGUUUGUUCCUGAUAUCAAGGUCCUUCCUUAUUGGGGCUCGGCGAAAGACCGCAAGAUUCUCCGCAAGUUCUGGGACCGCAAGCACAUCACCUACACCAAGGAGUCGGAGUUCCACGUGCUGGUGACAUCGUAUCAGCUAGUGGUUCUCGAUGCGCAGUAUUUCCAGAAGGUUAAGUGGCAAUAUAUGAUCCUGGAUGAAGCCCAAGCAAUCAAAUCCUCGCAAAGCUCCCGUUGGAAAAACCUCUUAGGGUUCAGCUGUCGUAAUCGUCUGCUCCUCACUGGUACGCCCAUUCAGAAUAAUAUGCAGGAACUGUGGGCUCUACUCCACUUUAUCAUGCCCACCUUGUUCGAUUCUCAUGAUGAGUUCAGCGAGUGGUUCUCCAAGGACAUCGAAUCACAUGCGCAAAGUAAUACAAAGUUGAAUGAAGAUCAACUCAAGCGUCUCCACAUGAUCUUGAAGCCCUUCAUGCUCCGUCGUGUCAAGAAGCACGUCCAGCAGGAACUUGGAGAUAAGGUUGAGAAGGAUAUCUUCUGCGAUCUAACCUACCGUCAGCGCGCCUACUAUACUAACCUGCGCAACCGCGUCAGUAUCAUGGACCUUAUCGAGAAGGCUGCUAUUGGCGACGAGGCUGAUAGUACGACGCUGAUGAACUUAGUUAUGCAGUUCCGGAAGGUUUGUAACCAUCCAGAUCUAUUCGAACGGGCGGAGACAAAAUCACCAUUUUCUAUCGCGCAUUUUGCGGAAACGGCCUCCUUCGUGCGAGAAGGCCAGAACGUUGAUGUUGGUUACUCGACACGUAACCUGAUCGAGUAUCCUCUGCCUCGCCUUCUAUGCAGCUCUGACGGCCGUGUUGAUGUAGCGGGGCCUGGUAACCUACAUGCCGGCUUUCGUGGCAAGUACUUGGCUCAUUUGAUGGACGUUUUUGCCCCAGAAAAUAUCAAGCAAAGUAUCGAACACGACGGCGCCUUCUCUUUCCUACGCUUUGUGGAUACUUCUAUCAACGAAGCGUACGAGCAGUCACAUCAAGGUAUCUUCGAGCGAGCGAUUCGCCGCCGCGGCAAAUAUAACAGAUUGUCUCGACUCAAUGUAGUAUACGAUGAAAGAACAACGGCAUCUGCCCUUCCCCACACUAUGUUCAAUAUCAUCCAACGCAAUGAUCAACAUGCUAUCCGCAAUGUCACGACAGAAGGCUACAUGCGGGAAUUAACGACCGUGGCGCUGUCCGUCUUUGACCGUGAAGGACUCGGCAUCAUCGAGCCUUGUGCCAGUCCAGCAGCAUCUGCACCUCCAAUUACCAUAUCCUGCUCCGGUCGAGCUGCAUUGAACGAGAUGAACGACAGCUUAUUCAACGUUCCAGUUCGACAUGUCUUGUUCAGUACACCUUCGACACAACUGGAACAGCAGAUUCUCGAAAAGAAGCUGGACCCUGUUUCUUACUCGCUUCCGCCAAUACUACCACAGCCGAUAUCCGCGAAGGGACGCUACACGCAUAUUGAAGUGCCAUCUAUGCGACGCUUCGUCACAGAUUCAGGAAAAUUGGCCAAGCUAGAUGAGCUGUUGCGAGAGCUGAAGGCGGGCGGUCACCGUGUGCUACUCUACUUCCAGAUGACACGCAUGAUCGAUCUAAUGGAAGAGUAUUUGACCUACCGUAAUUAUAAGUAUUGUCGCUUAGAUGGAAGCACGAAGCUAGAGGACCGUCGCGACACGGUGGCUGAUUUCCAGCAGCGCCCGGAAAUUUUCGUGUUCCUAUUGUCUACUCGUGCUGGUGGUCUAGGUAUCAAUUUGACUGCAGCAGACACGGUUAUCUUUUAUGAUUCAGAUUGGAACCCAACAAUUGACUCUCAAGCCAUGGAUCGUGCUCACCGUCUUGGUCAGACGAGACAAGUUACGGUAUAUCGGUUGAUUACUCGCGGCACCAUUGAGGAGCGUAUUCGCAAGCGAGCUUUGCAGAAGGAAGAAGUGCAGCGUGUCGUCAUUUCCGGUGGUGCAGCUGGCGGGGUUGACUUCAAUACUCGUAACCGCGAGAGCCGGACUAAAGACAUUGCCAUGUGGCUGGCAGAUGAUGAACAGGCCGAGCUCAUUGAGCAAAAGGAGAAAGAAGCUCUGGACCGAGGUGAAGUGUUUGGUGCUAGUAAAGGUGGUAAGAAGGCUGCGCAGAAGAAAAAGAGAGAUAUCACGCUGGAUGACAUGUAUCAUGAAGGCGAAGGGAACUUUGAUGAUGCCAGUGCAAAACCAUCCGGAGCGGCCACCCCUGUUUCGACUGCAGAGAACCUAGGCACUCCAUCGUCCACACCCGUCCCCAAACGAGGGCGGGGACGUGGAACAGCAAAAGGCACGUCUAAAAGAGCGAAAACCACCAAGGAGCGGCUACGUCUCAUUGAUGGCGACGGUGGCUUGGGACCUAGUUAAUUCGAUGAAUAUUUGCCUUGAUAAUUGGACACAGCUGGUUAUGGUCACGGCGUUAAAGAGAUUGCCCUUCCCCCUCCUGUCUUCUUUUGCUUUUCCCCUU